AUGAAUGGGAUGAUGGGGGAUGGAAAAUGUUUUCAUAUGAGGUGCGCUGCUCACAUAUUGAAUUUGGUGGUAAAUGAGGGUUUGAAAGAUAAGCAUUUGUCUAUUACUAGUGUUAGGGAUGCUGUUAGAUUUGUCAAGUCCUCACCUCAUAGGGCAGCCAAGUUUAAAGAGUGCAUUGAAUUUGCUGGAAUAACUUGUAAAAAACUAGUAUGUCUCGAUGUUUCAACUCGUUGGAACACGACAUAUUUGAUGCUUGAGGCUGCAGAGAAAUUUCAAGCUGCUUUUGAUAAGCUUGAGUAUGAAGAGUCGAGCUAUAGGGAGUUCUUUGGAAAAGGUAGUCCUCCUAGUAGUGAUGAUUGGGACAUUGUUAGAGCUUUCAUCUCUUUUUUAAAGUUAUUCUAUGAAGCAACUAAUGUUUUUUCCACCUCUCAAAGUGUGAGUUUGCAUAGUGCUUUUCACCAAGUGUCUGCGAUCUAUUGUGAGCUGAAGCAAGCUACUAUGAACUUGAAUGGUGUUUUUGCAAGUGUGGGUGGGGACAUGAUGGAAAAGUAUAAUAGAUAUUGGGGGUGUGCUACUAAGAUGAACAAGUUGAUUUAUUUUGGAAUCAUUUUGGAUCCAAGAUACAAGUUGAGUUAUAUUGAGUGGACUUUUAAGGAUAUGUAUGGAGUCGGAUCUGUGUUUGCUACCGGGUUGAUCAAAUCUAUAAAAGAGAGCUUACAAAAAUUGUAUGAUUGGUAUAAGCAAGCUUAUGACCAAAAUCAUAAUAGACAACCUCUUGGUAAUGGUGAAAACAAUGUUUCCAAUGAUGAAACAACAGCUGGUCGUCCUUCACUAAUGGCUAGAGCCGAUGCUUUUGAGCAACAUUUAGAGGAACAAGACUCGAUUGAUCAACAAAAUGAGCUUGAGGGUUUUUACUCUAGUAAGUGUGUCAAAAGGGAUCCUAAAUUUGACCUUCUUGUGUGGUGGAAACACAAUUCAACACAAUAUCCUAUUUUAUCUACAAUAGCUAAAGAUAUUUUUGCCACACCAGUGUCUACGGUUGCAUCAGAAAGUGCCUUUAGUACGGGAGGGAGAGUCUUAGAAACUUAUAGGAGCUCCCUAAAACCUGAAAUGGCAGAGGCAUUAAUUUGCACCCAGAAUUGGUUAAAGCCGUCUUUUACCUAUUUCAAAGACUUGAACCUCAUGGAAGAUUUUGAGCUUUCUGAAGAUAUUAUAGCAGAAUUUGAAGAAAUUUCUUCUACAGCAAGAAGAGGAUCUUUACCGUCUCAGCCACAACCUUCUGGUUGUGCUUGA